UGUCCAUAGGAGUGCAUAUAUCAUAGCUACACUUGUUGUAUCGACCUCUUUAUAUACCAACGCUCAUUCCCCGCAACAUAGACAGACAAUGGAAAAUCCGUUCGCAAGUGAGUCAGUAGUGACAAUGACUCGCGUUGGCACCAACGCAAUUUCCAGCGCGCUCCGUGACUGACCUGAAAAUUAGCUCCAAAAUGUAUGAAAAAUCGCUCAGGAUCAACUUGUGUGCCAUUUUCUUCGCCAUAUUAACAAUUUUUGUGCCGAAAAGCAAUCAGCAAACACAAGAGACGGCGUUGUGCAACAAGAAUUUUAAUUACAAUCCAACAACCCUUCGAUGUGAGGAAGUAUCCCAAGAAGGGCGACCGCCUGGAUUAUUAGAAUCCCUCCCAGAGCCCGACGUUCCUAUGGGUCCAGCAAACCUUCCACCGCUGAUCCCGCCGCUGAUCCCACCGCUGAUUCCACCGCUGAUUCCACCGUUGCCCCCAUUUACAAUGAGGCCUCCGCCAGACAACCCUUCGCCAGCCACUUCUGCACCUGAAAUACCGGCUCCAACACCUCCACCUCAAGAACCUGCGGCAGAGACUACUACGAAAACUAUGACGACAGUUGCAACCCUUGAAGCAACUACAGCAUCAGCUCCUGCACCCACCGAAGCACCAACUACCGUUGCAACAACGGUACCCGCGACUGCUACUCCUGAGACAACCACCACAGCGACAACGGCUGCGGCUGAGACAACUGCUACCGCGACCAAUACUGCCGCGACCACUGCCGCGGCGGCCACAGAGCCGACAAAGGCCGCAGAGGUGACCAAAGCUACAGAGGCUACCAAUGCUCCGGAGGGUGGUGCGGAUGGUGCCGCCGAAGGAGGUGAGGAGGAGGUCGAAGAACUGGUGGAAACAGGCGAGUUGGUGUCCAUUUUCUCUGAGGGGGUCUUCGGACACAAACGCCUUGACCCCAGAAAUACAAUUUGGGGCCCCAAAGCUUCAAGUAGUUAUGCAACCCGCUUAUCAACCAUACCAGUAGUCAGUUUCCGUAGUACCGCAAGCCGUAGCAAAGGCAUAUCCAUCACUAGGGACGUAGAAAAAAUCGACCCCAAGAUGCAAGCAACCCAGUCGAUGUCGCCGACCGGCAGAUACCGCUUUCCUCGUCAAGUUAAAGCAGCUGACGCUUUUGAACCUGAUGAAUCCGCCUUCAGCCCGCCUGCUUUUGUAAAUAUCACCGCAGUUACCGAAACCCCCAGCAGCACGUCAGCUUUUCUGACCCAAUCGACCUCUUCAGAUACGCUGCCGGAGCAGCAGCAGAACGACGUUUUCGACCCUGUCUUUACCACUCCCACCACCACCACUGCAACCUCCUCUAUAGCUCCCGUUCCGGACUUUUUUGCCCCGGUUGAGACAACGACCCCCACAACCACUACCUCAACCACUACUGUCUCUCCGCAAACAAGCCCAACUCUCCCUUCGUCAAGCCGACUGCCUCCACUGUCUAUGACGGAGCCUGUUCCACCAAACGUCGACGAAUACUGCCACGAGUGUGACGACUCCCCUCCGCAUCUCAGCAAUCUCUGCGACUUUAACGAUGGAGCUUUUAUAAACGCUUGUGGCAAGUGUGUCGAAGGUAAGACAGGCCUGCCAGCCACCCUGGGGCUCAACCUGUGUGGUCAUUGCGCUCAGUCAAGUCCAGCCGACUGCGUGGGCCAAUGCUUGGCCACCAACAUCACAGUCAGCAUGGACAACUGCGGCCACUGUCUGCCGGUGGACGGAAACAACCGCGACCAGUGUGUCAGCAUCACGCGGGCGUUGCCCUCACUGAUUGACAGGUGUACCACGAAGCAGCAGAACGUCGUGCUCACUCUCACUGGGGCAGGAUUAAAUAUGCAAAGCCUCGCAGGGGUUGAGUGCUCGCUGAUGCUCGACGGAAAAGAGUUAGCCGCCGACGGGGUGUUGCGAGCUACCCCUCGUGAAUCAUCGCUCGACGUUGAGACUGGCGUUCCGCAGCGCCAGGGCCGACACAAAAUCCACUGCCGCGAGCCUACCAACGAGCUCGUCACGGCCGCGUUCGUCAACGUGGUUGACAGCUCGACGUUGGCUGUCACCAAUGUCCAACCAGCCACGCUCUCUGUUGGCACUGAAGUCCAGCUAAGUGCAACAGUUCCGCGUGCCACCGCAAAUCACCGCCUCCUGUGUGCUCUAUGGUCCAGAAAGGGGCUGAUAACGAUGGUGCCGGCGUUCGCUGCAGAAGGGUCAGUGAAAUGCACACGUAUCCAGAUGACCGACGCUGGCAGGUUCCAAUUGAGGGUCGUCGCCUCUGAGUACGCAGCCAUGACGAAACAAAGCUGUGCUUUGGGUGGCGAAGUGGUGGUCCAGGCCAGUGCUCCAAUACUAAUAUCGUCACUUCUGUCACCGGAUCUGCGAGCGAUUUGGUUCGACUUCGAUCAGAGUGUGGAGGGGCCGACCGAGUGCGACAAGAUAUUUUCGACACCCUCGCUGAAACUUUUGGGGCAAGGUGUCGUGUGCGAGUUCGCUGGAGCGCGUUUGGUGGCCAAGCUGGGCAAAAAGCCGACGAUCCAGUCAGGCGGAAAAGUGCAAAUCGUCGUGGAGAAUGGCAUCAGACGGGCUGGCACCGUCGACGCAGACACCGCCCAGACGCUCACCGGUGUUUUCGCUUCUGUCACCCUCCAUCCGGCUGCGGUGGCCGUGCCUCGGUAUCGAAUUAUCCCUUCGAAUCCCACGUGCGACACACCUGGAGCCAGCAAUUCCGUCGCAGAAAUCCGCAUCGUGCCGGAGGACGGCCGCGAACUGAACGCCAGCAUGAGAGUCUCCUUCAACAAGGGCAACGACAUUCAGCACCAGAGACGCAAUUUGUUUCUUUGGAGGACGAUCCGCGAGAUGGGAGAUCAACUGGUGAGGCAGCAAAAGGAGGGCAGCAGUAACAGACUAGUCAUCAACUCAUCCUUGCUGGUGCCCAACGUGGAGUAUCGAAUUACCGUCUGGGCGGCCGACAUGAUGGGCACGCAAGGCGAGGAGCGUGAAGUUUUGGUCCAGACAGAUCAGCAGUCAGGCAAGCAGCAGCCAACCCAACUAAUUAUCCUCGGUCCGGAGACGACACGGGUUGAUGUCGAGCUGAGGGCAGAGGCUAAACUCGUAACUUGCGAUCCGAGGGCCGCCCCUCCGGCGAAAAUCAAGUUUUUCUGGGGCGUAUUGGCCGCUGGUGGACCGCUUCCCAUUAAAACGUCCCAACAAGGUCGUGUUCUUCGAUUGCCUCCGUUUUCCAUGAAGGGCGGAGUGCCACAUCAGAUCUCGUGCUCAGCGUAUCUUGAAUCCGAUCUUUCACUACCAUUAGCCACGGGCACUUUGGUGGUGUUGACGACGUCAGCGGGUGUGGAGGCACGUGUUUCAACCACCGCUGUGAGCAUCGGCACGAAUCAAGAGCUGAUUCUGGACGGCAGCAAAUCAGCCGAUCUAGACGCGUACCCUGGGCCCCUGCAGUUCGCUUGGGAGUGCGCACGCGAAGGUACAGCCUGCUUGCUUCCAAGGGCGGGACCCACUCUCCUUCGAAAUGUUUACAAGAUGGAGCUGUCCCGGAGCGUCCUGAGGUUGCCACCUGGGGCUUUGGCAGUUGGAGAGCAUACAUUUACUCUGCGAGUUAGUAGACCUGCAAGUGGCAAUACGGCGGCAAUCUCGUCCCGCACAGAAGUGAAAGUUCGCGUGCUGCGGGGGUCUUCGCCAUCGAUUCGCUUGCUCAAAACGAUCCGCCAGCCCGUGGACCCGACCGCAAACACACAGGUACACGCGCUGCUCGAGGGCCUGAGGGGCCGCUGCUGGGCUAAGUGGCGGUCGGCGGCCAAAGCGGCGGGUGAGGUGCCCCUUGAUUUGGACCAAUCGCCAACUAUGUGGGAAGAGAACUCGGAUCGGGAGAGCAACAGGGAAUUUGUGCUCACUUUGGCGGUGGGAAAGCUUACGGCCGGUGCCUAUCAUCGCAUUGUCCUGGAUGCUGCGUGCUCGCAAACGCCAGAUAAACCAGCCUUGAAUAGGGCUUCGCUGGAAUUGGAGUUCAAAGUGGCAACUGUGCCUUCACCACCGACCAUAUCUGUGCAUCCUCUAUUUGGAGAAGCGCUGCAAACACUUUUCACGAUUUCCGUCGAGACCGAGGGUGCGACCACCCUGAGGUCAGGGUCCGAGCAACCUGGCAGGCUGCUCUACGAAUUCGGGUGGCGGGAGGCGGGCAAGACGAAGAUCCAAUCUCUGCAAACCUCCCUCUACGAUCUCUCAGCGCAGACCUUGCUUCAUUGUGAGGGUGGAGCCGGCGAGUGUUCGGUGGUGCCGGUGGUGAAAGUUUGCGACUCUCAGGCAGUAUGCAGCUCGUCUGAGGCGGCGCCCGUACGAGUUUCCAAGCCGACCACAAUUUCGCAAUAUAAUUUAGACCUAACUGCGAACAAAAUUGAGGAGCUUUUGGAUGCACGUCGCGUGGGUUCGGCUUUCACGUGGUCGCGGGGUGCGAUUCUGACCGUGAGGGACGUGCCUGGGACCGAGCAGGCGGCGCACCAGCUCAGCCAAAGGGUGGAAACUUCGUUUGCCAGGACAAUAAGCGACAUGGAGCGGAGGCUGGGGAGUGGAAACGCGAACGCCAUGCUGCAGAUGCUGGACGGCGAAAAGUUUUCGCUUCUGCAACACGAGCCGUUACCCUUGUCCACCAUCGCCGCUGCCUUGGACGCCUUCAGCGAGAGAAUAAGCACGGCAAUAAAUAGCAGAGCCCCGAAGGUGAUUCCCCGGAGAUUUAUGGCGAGCGUUCCUAGCCCACCGACAUGGCCCAAUCCGCGCCGCAAAAGACAAGAAGAAUCUGAUGAGCAGAACAAUGUCGGCUUGCAAGAGGUGUCCAAAAGUGUGUGCGAGGCGGAAGAGGCCAUUUUUCGGCUCAACAGCAGUGACAGAGCAGAGGCAGCGUCUUUAUUAGGCCACCGACUGGGCUCCUUUUUGCGCUCCCUCUGCGCCGGCCCCUCGGGGACGACGCUGAGAGCCCGACUUGUGACGCUGGCCACCGCCGCUCUGCCUCAAGAUCAGCGCCUACGCGUGCCUCUGCCCCGCAAUCACGCCGCUGACGGCCAGAUUAAUAGCGACCAGCGUGAAGAAGAUGAGGAAGAAUCGGCGGCUUAUGUUCAAGUUUUUGACGUCAACUCAGAAACGGAAACGGAUGAGGCUGAGGCUGAGGCUGAGGAGGCCUGCCUCGGAGUGACUCUCACUGCCGACGUUAACGUGGCCAACGUGUCUGCCGCCGACAACUCGCGGACGGCAGUCGUGCUGCAAGUGUACGAAUUCCAGCACCGUGGACGCCCCAACGCUCGAGAGCUGCACAUCGACAUUCCGCUAGAUGCUACCACCGAUGAUCCACGCCAAAUUUGGAUGUGCGCCCGGUGGAAUGUAGACGAUCCGGUGGGCCAGUGGCUGACUAAUGAGUGCCAAAGCCUUUCAACACAGCCGGCUCGCCUGACGUGCCUUUGUCCUUUGCAAAGUGGUUCCUACAGUGCGGUGCUCACCACCGUGCACGUGGACGAGCCGGAAAACGAACAGCCGCACGCUGCCCACGAGCAAAUCCAUCAGCAGGUUGACGGCCCACCGGGCGAAACCACCACCCGAGCCGCCGCUGACGAGAGCGUGCGAACGAGCCAGACGGAGAAAUUGCACCUCGACGAGGCCGACAAACAAGACUUCCUUCAGCACUUGGUGUUUAUGCAGAAUGAGGACAAGCGGCCGAGUCCAAUUUUUGAGGUGCCCCAGAAGCCGGAAGGGCCGCACUCGCAGCGGCUCUCCUCCAAUUUAAUAACCUUCACUGUGCAGUCCGAUUUGGUGGCAGCGGCGCAGUUUCAGCCCACAAGCGAUCUGGAAGCGAGGAUAAAAAAGCAAAUGGCCAAGCAGUUGAAUCUUCCAGAACUCAUGAUCGCCGAAUGCACGGCAGAAAGAGGUACGAUCUCGGUCCGAUUCUCGCACCCCAGAGAAGAAAUAGUUAAUCGUGCCGUGAAGGACUUGGUGCGUCUGUUGAAGUUAGGCCGGCUCGACCUGAAGGGCCUGGACAACGAGCGUUUGCGGAUCCCCCCGCAGGCUGUGCCAGGGUACCAAUUCGAGGAGGGAGGUAAUAGUUUCACUCCAGGGCCCUCGGGACCAGUGACUGACACGGGCACAACCUCGACGUCCACAUUCCUUCCUCCGACAACCAGAAGUACGUUCACUUUCCCUCCUGAAACUCCCCCACCCACUAUCCCCACGACAACGACUGAAACCACAACCACCCCUACCACAACAGCCGAAACCAUAACCACUCCUUCCACUACCAUGCCCACUACCACGACCGAGUCGACAACACCUUCAACCACAACCGAAAUGACAACCACAACCUCAACCACAACUCCUUCUCCAACCAUUCCUUCGACAGUAAUGACCACGACGACGUCUACAACCAACAAUCAAAAUCCAGCUGGUGGACCUGAUCCUAAGCCUGGUUUUCUGCCAGGAGCGGACACCACCGUUGCUGGUCCUGAGUCCACCUCCACUACCACCACGCAGAGAAACGUUGCCGGGGACGCUGAGUGGGUCGAAGCUGAUGUUUAUGAUGAAAACCUCAUCAAGGCGGAUCAAAACAUGAUGUACGGUGUGUACGCUGGAGCUGGUGUCUCAGUGUUGAUCCUGUUGGUCGUGAUAUUGAAAUCGUGCAUCGACCUCUGCAUGGGCAAGCCAGCCGACUGGGGCGACCUGCCGGGGAACGGACAAGAAAUUCCCGGCGAAAAGAUGCGGAAGACGGCAGCAGACGACGCGCCUUUGUACAGGCCGAUUCAAUACCCAGACGAGAUCCAGGCCGCUCUUGCCCAAGUCAACAGCAGCAUUUCAGUACAACUCGGGCAAACAGCUCUAACUGGUUCAGAAUAUGAUCCAGCGGAAUAUAUUGAUUCGACUCUACCUGGGCGGCCCUAUCGCGUGCAAUAAAUCCCGAAAAAGAGAGGAGAUGAGGCCGGUAGGACGCAAUAUAUCUCGCCGUCGCAAACACACACACCAAACUCCGAAGAAGAAGAAGGAAAUCCUCUCGCUGCCGGCCUAAUGCGAUAUGACUAACGAUUUUCCCCGGCGAUCGACUGGCUGCUUUAAUGAAAUACCAUAUAUCAAAGCGGGCAGUCGCUUUAUUCACCUUUAUACCCAGCGAGAGGCAGCCAUCGGACACGCGAGAAACUCCCUGAAUUUGAUGAACUGUGUGGAUGUGUCGACGGACAGCAGCAUUGCUACACACUCUUUUAUUGUUUUACGACCCGGAGCUGCGUGUGUUGGUGUCAAAAAGUGAGAGAAAAAUAUCAUUAAUACGUAGAAAAUACCUGCCACGCAGCAAAGUUUGUACGUGUAGUACGUGGCCGCCGGCAAAUCGGUGAAUUUUAUUGCUGGCCGGACCGUCCAGCGCUUCUGGCGACGAUGGUAGGUGCGGCCCUCUUCUAAUUUCAUCGCCCGUCAAAACGUCCAAAAAAGUAUAGUGAGACUGUUUUUAUUAAAAAAGAUCGUUUCACUAAAAAAAAGCACCUAUGCUAUUUUUUGUUUCCUCGCACCCCUAUAUCUACAUGUCGAUGGAUAUACGGAUGUUGAUGUACAAGGACACAACAAAGAACAGGGAUCACGAGUUUUAGGCUUAUGAGAGCCAGUCGACGGGACAACGUUUUGUCUAUAAUUAAUACUCAUAGAGGUCUCAGCCAGCCACGCUGCGCCGCGCCAGCCGGCAAAUUUUGGGUUACGUGGGCAGCCAGCAGCCACCGUGAAUCUGGCUAAGCUGCGCCAGCCACGCCAGCCGCCGGGGAAAAAGAGUCAAAAAUUAAAAAGUGCAGCAGAAAAAUGUCUUCGGGCCGCUAACAAUAAGCAUGAUCAAACUUCACGUAUAAAAUGUUGUCAACCGCGCCAGCCGCCGGUAACAAUGGCCAGCCACCGCUGCCGGGCAUAAAAUUUGACUAAUCCGGUCAUCCCUCCAGCCGCCGCCUUAAAUCUCGCGGCUGAGACCUCUAUUUAUUCAUUAUUUUCACUGCAAUGUAAUUUGAAAGAACAUGUAAUAAUUACGAUAGUUACUAAAAAUGCUUAAAUAUUGAAAUGAUUUUACGAGUUAAUUACCCCUCCAAUUGUUUUUAAUAGAGCAGUGAGUAGUAAAACCCAAAACUUUGAUUUAAUCCUUUUGAAAUGUUAAAUAAUUGUAAUGCUUCAAUCGGAAAUUAAUUGGAUGUAAGUCCAGCAAGAUAAACAAUGUAGACAUGUCAAUCGAAUACAAAAACGCUGAGCAAAACCCA